UUAAACAUUAUCUCUCAGUUGAACAGGAAACAUCUGCUGCCACUGGCAUCUUGCUCCGGAUUUUUUAUUUUUUAUUUUUUUUUUAAGUUCUUUAAACCUGCCCUCAAUUUCCCAACUGAAUUUGAACAUGGAAGCUUAACACGAGAUCUGAAUUUCCCAGAAGGAGGCUAAUAAAGAGAAACUUUUACUUUGGAACCAAACAUGAAGUCAGCUGGAAAAAGUGCUGCGCUCCUGGCAUUGCUUUCUUUAAUCGCCAUGUGCGUGGAGGGUGGAUUUGUGGAGCCUGCUAACCCCGUCACCACCCUGCGCUCCGUGACAGAGACUCAAACCAGACUCCCCUGUCAGUAUCAGGUGGAGGGUGAGGAGCAGGCGGUGCAGGUCACCUGGUACAAGGAGCUUUCAGACGGCAGCAAAGAUCAGAUCAUCACAGCUCACUUCACUGACGGCCAUACAGAGUUUGGGCGUUACUCUGGUCGGGUGAGGUUCGAGAACAGCAAUCCCAUCAAGAACUCUGCUCUGAUCAUCCUGAACACAGAGCAGUCGGACGAGGGCAGCUACACCUGCCAUAUCUCCACCUUCCCCAGUGGAAAUUUUGAGAGGAAGAUCGCCCUCACCGUCUGGAUUUUACCCAUCUCCUCCCUGGAUCCAGUAACUCUUGUGGAGGGCCAAUCCUUCCGUGUGGCAGCCACCUGCCGGGCUAUAGGUCACCCACUUCCCAUUCUCUCGUGGGACACCGACAUCUCAGGAACGGUCCAGAACCGCACCAGCGAGACUGGGUCAGUGUCCAGCUACUUCUCGCUCCACCCCCUGCGUAGCAUGAACGGCAAAAAGCUGGACUGUUUAGUGUGGCAUCCCGGCCUGGAGGAGCCACGUAGGAUCAGCAACCGCCUGGAGGUUCAAUACCCCCCAGAUGCUACGAUCACGACGUCCUCAUCUCGUUGGUAUGUGGGUUUGGAGAAAGCUGAGCUGGUGUGCGAAGGCAGGGGACACCCCAAACCUCAAAACUUCACCUGGACGUGGAAAGGGGGAACUCUGCCUGACGGGGUGUCUGUGGUUGGAGGGAAGCUCGUCUUUCAGCGGCCCGUUCACUUGAGUGACAGUGGGGCCUACGAGUGUAUGGUCACGAACAGUGUGGGAAGGGGAAAAACUGAGUAUAUGCUCAAUAUAGAUGAGAUGCAAUGGCGCAUUGGUGAAACCCCUCCUGAUAACCUGCUGCUGAUCAUAAUUUGUGCCUCCACCGGAGGUUUAGUCCUCCUCCUGAUCAUCAUCAUCUUGGUGGUUCACCGCCAUCAUCGACGUAGAACGAACAAGCUUAAGAGACAGCUAUCUGAAAAAUCGGAUGAAAUUAGGAGUUUCUCUAGGCAAGCCUCUUUCAGGAGAAUAAACUCUACCAGCACAGACUUCAGAUACCAGGGUGAAGACUCCAUGCUCAGAAUAGACAGCCGAAUGAAAAACAGCCAAAUGUCUCUGGAGCAUACCCAUUCCACCCUGGGUGGGAGGUGGGGGCCAGAAGAUGUAGAACUGGAUGAACUGGGACGUCCGGUCAUCUGGUGUGAAGGCAGCGAUAUUCCAGGAGGAGCUGAGGUUGACGGAGGGAAGGAGGCGCAAAGGAAGAGGGUGGAGUCAUACGUGAAGAGCAGUAGCAACAUGUCGCUGGACUCAGGUCUUCCUUCAUCUUUGGUUCCUCUGAAGGCUCAGCAGGAUGACGGCAGCGGGCCCAGAGAACCAGACGCCUGCCAGCCCAGGGAGAGAGAGGACUGGGCUCCCACACAGUCUGAAGGACACGACAGUGACGAAGAUGGGAGCUCCUACCAGUUAUCACAGACUCUCAAGAAUUACUUUGACUACAGUAAUGGGGCCCUCAGGCCCAAGCCAAGUAACAAUUCCAUUAUUCUACACCCCAGAGGACAGCUGAUCUAGACAGGACUCUCAUCUGUGAUAUGAAAAGAGAGACUGUCUGUAUCUCUGCAGUGACUCUGACUGUGACUUUUGAUGUUUGCUUUGAAUAUAUUGGAAGGGUAAUUCGUCUCAGGUACUACCCCAAUGCUGAUGAUUUUUGAUUUUUACUUUAGAGAUUCUUCCUUAUUUCUAUUAAUCAAAAGAAGGUUUUGAGUUGUUCUUUUGAGCAUUUUAUGACUUCAACAGUGAGGUAAUAAAAAAGAGAUGAGGAAUAAUUUGGGGGAAGAGAAAAAAAAAAGUCCUGAGCCAGAUACGACUGGUAUGGUAGAACUGGAAUGUUUUGGACCCAAAUUAUUUUGAAGUUCCACUAAUGUAGAAUUAAGUUUAUAGAGAGUUUUGCCCUGAAAGGUAUGCAAAUGAAAAGUAUUUUUGUUCUUUAAUGUAUUGUAUUAAGAAUCCUGUUACAAAUGUUUACUAUGUUUGGUGCAAAGCUGAGUUUUGCAUCCAGUGCUUCUUGUUUAAAUACAUGUGAAUAGAUACAAAGGACUUGAGAAUCCUGCCUCAUGCAGGACAAUAUGUAUAUAUUGCAUAUGUCUAUAUACACUGAUCAUCCACGACAUUAAAACUGUUAAAAGGUGAAGUGAAUAACAUUGACUCACUUGUUACAUCGCUUCGCCCUGUAGAGAAACCUUAGAUCUGGCACACCUUUCAGCAACUCCACAUCACAAAAAUUACUUGAGGAACUUGGCAAAGAGUCCAAGGUGCUGAUACAAACAAUCAGCUCCUCAGAUCCAAAUUGAAUUAAGGUUUUUGAGGCUGAUACUCGCCCAAAGGAUCAAGUAAAGACACCCUCAGCGAUCCAGUGCUCUUGCCCCGAUGGGUCAGAGUUAUUUUUACAUUGUUUCCACAUCAACUCCUGCACAUUAGGUGUUCUAAUGUUAAUGUCUGAUAUGUUUGUGUGUACAUUUGUUUAUUAAUACAUCUUUACAGCCACCUGCUGCUGUCAGCUUAAAAAAAAAAAAACCCUCCUUAAUAUGAAGAACAAAAGAGACGAUGCUGAAAGUUCUUUGACCAGCUGGUGUUGAAAUGCAGCAAACUGGGUCAGUUUCAUCUAUAUAACUAUAUAACUAUAACUUUUUAGUGCUGUAAAUACCUUUUGUAAAAAAAAAAAAACUAUUGUGAUGAUACAAAUACACUGUAAAUUUUUCUAUGCUUUUUUUUUUAAGAAGAUCAGGAAGUGAUGUGUAUAUGUUGAAAAUCUUUAUUUGUAAAAGUGCAGCUUACAAACGUCCUUUUAAAAAAAAACUGGAACAUUAAAGCUACUUCGGGAACUUCAUGAAACAGCAGAAACUUUAUAGGUUAUUCUGUUAUAGGUUGAUGAAUUUAAAUAAAUUUUCUAUUGAAGAAAAAGUUAGGAUUUUUGAGAAAUAUUGUUUUUCUUGUCAUUAUUUAUAGAUGCAAACACUGACACUACCUUCAUAUUUGAAUGAUAAAGACAUGGAAGACAAUUAACUUUGAUGCAAAAUAAAACAUGGUUGUAGUUUGAGCAAGUGUUUACAGGACAGAUCUUUGCUUGGCCAGAUGCCCUAACUCUGUUAUGAGGUUAUUAGGGACUAGCAGGUCACUGCAUUCAGCUAAGUAAUAACCCAUGGCAGUACUACUGUAAAAAAGAUCCUAGAACUAGUACAGGCCACUGUAUUUGGCAUUCAUUUUGUACCAGAAAUAACACUGUACCUGUAGGGGGAGUCUUAGAC